UGACUCUGCACACACACAGGGUGGACACACACUCCACACACACCUGGAAACACACAGAGAAGCUCAUUUAGUCAAACCUGUGACGAUGCCGUGUGUCAGCUGUCGUCCAGACCAGACGGUGAAGAUGCCUUGUAGCUACAGCUCUGUGGUUGAUAAAAUCCUCAUGGUAGAGCAGAUCCUGUCAGAGUUCAGACUGAACAAGGAAGAUCUUAAAGAAAUCAUGAAGCGGAUGCAGUGUGAAAUGGAGAGAGGACUGCGCUUAGAGACGCACGAGGAGUCCAGUGUGAAAAUGCUGCCAACUUACGUGUGCUCCACCCCUGAGGGCUCAGAGGUAGGUGAUUUCCUGGCUCUGGAUCUGGGGGGUACAAACUUCCGUGUCAUGCUGGUCAUAGUGGGUGAAGAUGAGGAGAGGAGCUGGAAGGUAGAGACCAAGAACCAGAUGUACUCCAUUCCUGAAGAUGCCAUGACAGGGACGGCUGAAAUGCUCUUUGAUUACGUAGCAGAGUGCAUGUCGGACUUUUUGGACAAACAUCACAUCAAGCACAAGAAGCUUCCUCUGGGUUUUACUUUCUCCUUUCCAGUGCGACAUGAGAACAUUGACAAGGGAAUCCUCCUUAACUGGACCAAAGGCUUCAAGGCCUCUGGGGCUGAGGGCAACAACAUUGUGGGUUUACUCCGAGAUGCCAUCAAGAGACGAGGAGACUUUGAGAUGGAUGUGGUCGCCAUGGUGAAUGACACAGUAGCCACCAUGAUCUCCUGCUAUUACGAGGACCGCAGCUGUGAAGUCGGGAUGAUUGUUGGCACUGGUUGUAACGCAUGUUACAUGGAGGAGAUGAGGACUGUGGAGCUGGUAGAAGGGGAGGAGGGCCGGAUGUGUGUGAACACAGAGUGGGGGGCGUUCGGGGGCAACGGGGAGCUGGAGGAGUUCAGAUUGGAGUACGACCGAGUGGUGGACGAGACCUCGAUCAACCCUGGAAAACAGCUAUAUGAGAAGUUGAUCAGCGGGAAGUACAUGGGAGAGCUGGUGAGGCUUGUUCUGAUGAAGCUGGUGAAUGAAGACCUGCUGUUUAACGGCGAAGCCUCGGAGCUGCUGAAGACACGUGGCAGCUUUGAGGCGCGUUACGUCUCACAGAUGGAGAGUGAUACUGGAGACAGAAAACAAAUCUAUAAUAUCCUGUCAUCCCUGGGUGUUCUGCCGUCAGAGCUGGACUGUGAUAUCGUACGUCUGGUCUGUGAGAGCGUUUCCACCCGCUCCGCUCACAUGUGCGGUGCAGGACUCGCAGGUGUGAUCAACACAAUGAGGGAGCGACGCAGCCAGGAGGCCCUGAAGAUCACAGUGGGGGUUGACGGGUCUGUGUACAAGCUGCACCCGUGUUUCCGUGACAGGUUCCACAAAGUGGUCAGGGACCUCACGCCUCACUGUGAGAUCACCUUCCUCCAGUCAGAGGAGGGCAGCGGCCGUGGAGCAGCUCUUAUCUCAGCAGUGGCCUGUAAGAUGGCUGCGUGCAUGCUCACACAAUAAAGGGGGCUAAGCACUGAGCUGCUCCCCCCCCGCAGGACAGCAGUGAAGUUAGCCUGAACCCUGAUCUGAGAUCACUGAUGAUCAUCUACAGACGUGCAGCUUCUCCAGGCUCUGAGGGAUGUGUCAGUGAGCUGCACGCUCACGAGUGGAUGAUGUACAGACAAGAGAGCAGCAGUAUUGUAGACUGUAUUUGAUAGUAUUGGACCAAGUUGUAGUAAUAUCAGUGUUAUUGUAAAUUAAAGAAUUGGAUUCCUGUUGCACCCAAAACAUUAGGCGGCUCAUUUAAAAUGGCUGCUCCAUUUUGAAAAUGGCACAUAUAUUAUUGAUGAUAGUUUAUAACACCAGUAAAAACUGGUUGAUGUGUAGCACAAGGAUACUUUUUGUAAAUGCUGUUGUAAACUAUACCACCACAUCAAAAUCGUUGCUUUAUUGUGUAGUAAUUCCUGUUUGUAAACAAAAGCUUAUUUCUUUGACAUCUAAUGUUUAAAUUUAAAUGUUUGUAACUCCAUGUGUGUUUGCCAGUAAUUUGUAAUUUU